GAUAGCGCAAGCAGUGCGCCUCAUUCCGAAGUAGCGCGUGGCGCAGCCAAGAUGGCGGACGGGACAGAUUCAGUUCCUAAGAAACAUAAGAAGAAAAAGAAGUCUUUGCCGGAUGAAGAUGUUGCAGAUAUACAACAUACAGAAGAAUUCCUUAUCAAACCUGAGUCAAGAGUGGCCCAGCUGGAUACAUCACAAUGGCCUUUGCUUCUCAAAAAUUUUGACAAGUUAAAUGUGAGGACAGCGCACUACACCCCACUUCCUUCUGGCUGCAAUCCCUUAAAAAGAGAAAUUGCUGAGUAUGUAAGGACGGGCUUCAUCAACCUGGAUAAGCCUUCCAACCCUUCCUCCCAUGAGGUUGUGGCCUGGAUCCGCCGCAUUCUCCGUGUUGAGAAGACAGGCCAUAGCGGCACAUUGGAUCCCAAAGUUACCGGCUGCCUGAUUGUGUGCAUUGAGCGAGCAACCCGUUUGGUCAAGUCUCAGCAAAGCGCAGGCAAAGAGUAUGUGGGAAUCGUUCGGCUGCACAAUGCAAUUGAGAGUGAAAUGCAACUUUCGAGGGCAAUAGAAACCUUGACAGGUGCCCUCUUUCAGAGACCUCCCCUCAUUGCUGCCGUGAAGAGGCAGCUGAGAGUCAGAACCAUUUAUGAAAGCAAACUGGUUGAAUAUGAUCCAGAAAGAAGACUGGGUAUUUUCUGGGUGAGCUGUGAAGCCGGAACCUACAUCCGGACGCUUUGCGUGCAUCUGGGUUUAUUGCUGGGAGUUGGCGGUCAAAUGCAGGAGCUCCGGAGAGUCCGCUCCGGGGUCAUGGGAGAGAAGGACCAUAUGGUGACCAUGCACGAUGUGUUGGAUGCUCAGUGGCAGUACGACAACAAUAAGGAUGAGACUUAUCUCCGGAGGGUGAUCUUCCCUUUGGAGAAGUUGUUGGUUUCACACAAGCGACUUGUUAUGAAGGACAGCGCGGUGAAUGCGAUUUGCUACGGUGCAAAGAUCAUGCUUCCUGGAUUACUGCGGUAUGACGAUGGGAUUGAAGUCAACCAGGAAAUAGUCGUCAUCACCACAAAAGGGGAGGCGAUCUGCAUAGCUAUUGCUUUGAUGACCACGGCAGUGAUCUCUACCUGCGACCACGGCGUUGUAGCCAAGAUCAAGCGUGUGAUCAUGGAAAGAGACACUUAUCCUCGCAAGUGGGGGCUUGGUCCCAAAGCUUCUCAGAAGAAGAUGAUGAUCAAGCAAGGAUUGUUGGAUGCUCAUGGUAAACCUAACGAAAAAACUCCACAAACGUGGAAAAAAGACUACAUAGAUUAUAACAGGGUUUCUGUAAAGAAAGAGACAGAAGAGAAGACGGAGCCAGAAGAGAUUCAAGAGCAGCCAGAGAGGAUGCCAAAGAAGAAAAGAAAAAUCGAGAGCGAUGGAGAUCCAGAACCAGUAGCUUCAGCUCCUCCGGCCUCUCCGGAGGAGGAGCAAGCAGAGAUGAAGAAGAAGAAGAAGAAAAAGAAGGAAAAGAGGAAGAUGGAGUCUGCGGAGAGCAGCGGAGAGUUAGUUGAAAUGGUCAGUGAUCUGAGUGUGAAAAAGAAGAAGAAGAAGAAGAAACGAGAAGAAAUAGAGGAGAGUUCAGAAUGAUUCCUCACUACCAUCUAAAGCCAGCAGACCGGAACAGUUUGGGAAGGCAAAAAAACAAAACAAAACACAAAAGCCUUCGCGGAAAAAAAUGCAGACUGGAUCACACAGCUUGUCCUGAUUGCUGUGCAAAUUAUUGGGGUGGGCCAAGGUUGGCACCCCCUCUCUGUCCUGUUCUAAGGAUAGUUUUGAGAUAAUUAAGGCAGCCGACUCGCUCCCUGGUCCUUGGGACUUUCAAAGUAGUAUCCAGGAGAUGCGAUACUCAAUUUUGGCACUGUUAGCAACCUCCUUUUUGUAUCUUAUCUGCCCAAAGACCUGCUGAAUGUUGGUGAAGGUUUAAGAGGAGAAAGCGGUCAAGCCAGGUAUUGUCAGAUGCUUCGUUUUAAAACGUUUUUGUAGCCUUUUUUUUUUUUUUACUUGCCUUGAUUCCCUUCAGAACAAAUCCAGACAUUUCCCACUUGGGGCUAAAGCUUUUUGUUCAUUCGAAAAUGAACUUGCGCUAACUUGUAUCGACAGGGAAGGAGGACAUCAGCCAUCGGGUCUAACUCAGAAUUCAAGAAUUUAUUAUUUUCCCCCCCCUUCCCAAACAAGUUAUCCAGAAGAGGGUUGUGAAAAUCAAUCUCUGUGCUAGCAAUUGUAGUUGAGACACGGCAUCCUAUUCAGCAGGAUGGUCUGGUGAUGGUCUUAUCCCGUCCUCCCUUCCCAAGGCAAGAGUACCAAUGCUACUUUUAAAAAGCUUUUUCCAAUUAAAAGUUCACAUAUCUGA